UGUGUACAGUCAUUCCAACAUACUAUUGCACCAUGUUUUAUUCCUUUAGCAAAAUCUAUUCACUGUGUUUUGAAAAGUCACCCAGACUUGUCAGGUUACUAGCAGUAGCACGAGAGGGAGGUCAGAAGCAUGACAGAUAUGUGUGAGCGUGACAGGGAGAAUGAGGAAGUGAUCGAGGACACCGUCUCCUUGGAGGAGGAUUAGGAAGAGACUGACUGGCAGCGAGCAGGCAGCCAGGAGAGGUGCUUGAGGGAGCUUCACGGACAGGGGAGCGCACUGACACCCCCACUAGGGACUACACCUCCAGUGUACACAGGUGGGCGUGGUGCUGUGACACUGCUGGGGACAGGAAGCAUGGGCCUCGCCGUGAUGGGGUCCCUCCUCCCAGAGGCCCCUUCGCUCUCCACACUUGCCGUCCUCUUCCUCACAGUCAUGCUGCUCUCACUGUGCACCCACUGCCGCAGGCGGUCAGCUAAUCGCCAGCGCAACACGAAGAAAAGCAACUCCGCACUUCAGGUACAAGUGAUUAUGCCAGACGAAAACAUGGAAAGCAGGGAGAACCCUAGCAUCAACUCUUUAACAAUGGACGAAAUAGUUAUCCAACCCACGAAAAACAAUGGCAUUUCUACAGCAAUCGAAGGUUUUCCACCAUGGAGGAGUCACAGCAUAUCACUGGAUCUUCAAGAUGAAACACAGAAUAGCAUUCCGGAUGUGAAAAACCCUAAUUCUGGAGACAAAUCCACAGAUAUAACAACAGGGGGCAUCUUGAUGCAAAGUAUUCCAGUUGACCAAACUGCCAAGAUCCAAGAGGCCCCAGCACUGGUGGUAACCCCUUGUAGGGAGACGGAGUUGGCUCUGCAGUCUGGCUCCGCUGUGUUGGUCCCCAGCCAGUCAGACCACCCCAAUGGAAUAUCUCAGCCGAGCCAUGUCAGAUACACCCCUAGGGACUCAAAGAGUCAAAAUCAACACAUCUAUGAGGAGCUGGCAGAAGACAAAAAACUCCCCCACGUGCCUUCAAACUCCAUCAAGGUCCUGAAAGUGGAGGUGCAGGAAGACCCGAUGUACAACACUAUAGAGGAGCUGGAGCAGCCUGACAACCGAAAUACCGGCCAGAAUUCAGAGCAGGAGAACAGCGCCCACGUCUUGACUGUGCCCCCUCUGACGGAGGGCUCCGCCUUCGCACUUGGUGGCAAGCCAAACAUCCUCUACGCACGGGUGAGCAAAAAGAACAAAAGUAUAGUGCCACCCCCCUUACCAUCACCUCCGCCACCACCGGACAUCAUGGAGGGUGAGGAUGAUGAAGAGGAAGCCCCUGCACCCCCCCUGCCAAAGAGGAAUCUCUUUGGAAACUAAAAACAACCAAAUAAGUAACUUAUUUUUCUGCUGUGCAAUGACUAUUUACUUUACACGAUAAAAAAUCAGAUGGGCUUUUCAGUUUGCUCAAAUCACAGCAUUAUAGUUUAGGUGUAAGUUUGGAACUUUUAUUUCGUUUUUUUUUUGUACUAUAAUGUAGCACAGAUUGAUUUUGAUGUUGCAAAAUGUACUAAUGCAUGCACGGGACAUCAGUUCCAUCCCCAACUGCGUAUCCUAGAUGGGGUCAGAGGGUCCUAGACAGGGGGCCUGGAUCUUAUCCCAGACAGCACAAGGCAAGGUGACACGCCAGUCCAUCACACAUUACAGGCAGUUCAGUGAAGACAAUGUCCCUGUGUUUGGCCGUACGAAGGAAACAGCCGCAUCAUCAGAACAUAAUAAUAAUAAUAAUAAUAAUAAUUGAUACUUUAUUGAUCCCCGUGGGGAAAUUGUUUUUAUGCCUCCCUCAACUUGCUCUUUGUAGAGCAAGUUGUCUGCGAACAUGCAAGGUCCAGAGAUAUAGCAGGAUUCAAACCACCGACUGUGGUUGCGUGUGGUAACACUGUUACUCACUGAGCCACCCUUAUGUGGAAAAACAGAGAUAAUCGUAUAUUUCUUUGUUAUAAAUGCAGCAAGGCUCUAUUUCACGUUAAAUGUUGUCCUGUACUUGAUUUACAACAACCUAUGCAGUAUGAUCCUAAUGAUGAAUUACAUUGUUAUUAACUACCGUAAUUUUAAACGUAGGUCAAUACUGCAAGGGAAAUUUCUCUAGGUUUUUUUUUUUUUAUCAGUAUGUCAGCUGUAUCAAUGUCACGUUCUGAGUAGCUUAUUUUUACAAUAUUAUUGGCAUGAAAUGCAUUGCUAAAAAAAUGUAGUGUACAUUCUUAACAUUCCACAUAUAAACUCUUGUAUACUGUCAUUUUUCAUUGGUAAACUUAAAAUAAAUAUUUGGCUAUCA